CGAGGAACAGUUGUACAAUUGUGUGUACUCAAGCUUGUCGCUCAUAUUACAAUGUUUUCUUAUCUUUCCUGGGACUAGCAGGUGGAAACGGUGUUUGGCAGAUGAUUAGUGAAGGAUGGAGAAUUUAAUAAGGUUUAACGAGCAAACGACAGGUGUUGAAGACGAUACAUGAAGAAAAAUGGAAAAAUGAAAUAUAAAACUUAAAGCAGCAAAAGUUAAAAACUGUGCUUAUCACCAUUUUCUUUUAAUUUUUAUAAUAUUAUUUCUUUCUUUUUCAAAAGUGAAUGGACAAAAAUAUGAUGAGAUGUCAUAAAAUGUUGCUGUUUGUAAUUCUGGUCACCAUUUUCAAAUUGGCUUCUGCACAAGACGUGAUUUACACUAUUCAUGAAGAGCUAAAACUUAACACAUUUAUUGGUAAUAUUCGACAAAAUUCAUCUCUCAAAAACAUUGUCAGUUCGGACAAUGUGAACACUCUAACAUACAGUAUUUUACAAGCCGGCAACGCUCAUGCGAAACUCUUCAAUAUCAGUUCGAAAGACGGGAACCUGUACACGGCAGCAAGGGUGGAUAGAGAGGCGCUGUGUCUGUUCACGUCAAAGUGUGAACUCUUUCUGGAAGUAGCCGUCCAUUCUAGCUCAUUUUACAGCUACAAGAUCAAGAUUGUUGUUCUAGAUACAAAUGAUAACAGUCCAACUUUUACUCAAGAAUCAGAGUUUUUGGAAAUUCCCGAGUCUUCGCAAACUGGCGUCUCAUUUCCAUUUGAUGGAGCUGUCGAUAAUGAUACUGAUAAAAAUUCUCUACAGAGUUAUGAGAUUCUUCCCCAAAAUGUGCCUUUUGGAGUGAGUUUUACAAAGAAUUUAGAUGGAACCUCAACCGUGAGCAUUAUUGUUAAAAGUGCACUAGACAGAGAAAGAACAGAUUCAUAUUUGCUAACGUUGGUAGCCAAAGAUAAUGGAUCUCCACAGAGAAGUGGAUCUAUGUUGGUUAAUAUUUCCAUCUUAGAUGUCAAUGAUAAUGCCCCACAAUUCACACAGUCCAUUUACAAUGUGACAGUGAAGGAAAACACAUUGUUACACACUGUCUUUUUCACAGUUAAAGCUACAGACAGAGAUAUUGGAACGAACAAGAAAAUUCUUUAUCGACUAAGCAGCCGCCAGCCGUACCAAAUAAAACAGCAUUUCGAGAUUGAUGAGCAGACGGGGGAUUUGAAAAUUAAAAAAGCCUUGCCCAGUGGUCAGAUGAGAGUUAUAGUGGAGGCAACCGACAGAGGAUCACCAACAAAAUCAUCACAAGCAGAAGUUGAAAUAACAAUACUGGACACUAACAAUCAACGCCCAUCCAUUAUUGUAAACUUGUUUAAUGGAUUUUCAACAGCUCAUGUCUCAGAAUCGAAACACAUAGGCUAUGCUUUUGCCCAUGUUAAAGUAAUAGAUCCAGACACUGGAAACAAGGGAAAUGUGAAAUGUUACAGCCAGACGGCCGACUUUGACUUGAAACAGAUGGAUGUCAAUGAAUAUAAAGUAGUGGUGGCGAAACGACUGGAUAGAGAGACCAUACCUAAAUACACUGUGGCUAUAUUCUGUGAAGACUCUGGAGUUGAAAAGUUAAAUGCCAGCGCAGUGUUUGAUGUUGAGAUAGAUGACGAGAAUGACAAUGCCCCUAGGUUUCUUCAGAAGUGGUAUGACGUCAGCAUCCCUGAAAAUAAUGCUGUCAAUGAUACAGUGCUUCAGGUGGCGGCAACAGACAAAGACAUUGGAAUCAAUUCUCAAAUCACUUACACACUCUCAGAAAAUGCUCAACCCUAUUUCUUCAUACAACCUGGCACCUUCAUGAUCAAAGCAUCAAAAAGCUUUGACCGUGAAAACAUGUCUUACUACAGCUUCUUUGUCAUUGCAGUAGAUGGUGGCAAACCACCGCUCACUGCUAGUGCUAAGGUCACCGUCAACAUCCUUGAUAUAAAUGAUGAACGACCAUCAUUCUCUCAGAACUCUUACAUAUUCUACAUCGUGGAAAACUGCCCCAUUAAUACAGCUGUUGGAAAUGUUUCUGCGGUUGACAUGGACACUGGAUUAGGUGGUGAAUUCUCUUUUAUCCUCUCUCCAUCAUUCAAAUAUCAUUCUCUCCCAUUUACCAUUCUUCAGAAUGGAACCAUCAUCACUACUGAAAGCAUUGAUGCAGAGGCAAAGAAUGUCUACAGUUUCAAAGUGAUUGCAACUGACCAUGCCACCGGGCCAGGUUCCCCACUCAGUGGCAUGGCUAACGUCAAGGUAAUCAUUGUGGAUGAGAAUGACAACAAGCCAGUGUUUAUGUUUCCAAACAGUGAUAACUACAGCAUAACUGUCCACGUACCUAAAACAGCCAAGACCAUCAUAUCGUGGGUUCGAGCAAAUGAUCCAGACAUUGAUGCAGAAGGAGUGCUAUAUUCUUUAUUGGACAGAAACCUGUCUAGGAUAUUCAAAAUCAACGAAACCUCUGGACAGAUCUAUUUAUCACGAGAUGUCGAUGGUUCUCACAUUGGGUACUAUGAGUUGCUGGUGACUGCACUGGACAAGAGCGACCGGUCACUGUUUAACACGACUGUGCUGAAGGUUUUCCUCCAGUACAAGACUGGUGAAAGUUCUCCUGAAGGCAGUGAUCAGAACGUGGUCAUCGUCAUCGCUCUGGUCUGUGCCACGGUGGUGAUCGCAGCUUCGGUGCUUGUUGUUCUGUGUUACAUUAGGAAGUGUGAUAAAGACAAAGCUUUCAAAGACUCUUUCUCUUCUAACUCAACUACCAGUGAAGGCAAAUCCAGCAGCGGCCAUGAUUUGACCAUUGGCAAAUGUGUCAAGGAGCAGCAACUAAAUGACUCCAUAGACAAGCCUGUGUUAGAAGGAGCCCCGGAGGAGAAGGAGAUUUUCAAAGUGGACCUGUCCACCCCAGGCCAGGAGGACACCAUCAUGGCUGAUCGUGAUCAUCAAAGACAGAAUCAGCUCGCUUCCUUCAGGCUGCACCAGGCGUUGCAGCAUAUAAACUCUCACCGGAUAUCUCCACUACAAACGCAGCAGGUGUUGGCCGCGGAAGGAAAGAUGAUUUAUUUUUCUGGUGAGUUUCAACACAUGGAAAUUCACUCAAAAGAUGGACAAAAGCCAGCUGACGAUUACCAUAGCAACAGCUCUGGGGAGACGAUAACCGGAGACAGUGGUCAUGGCAGUGAUGAUGAGGUCCUCUUCCCAGAUCAGGCUCCGACAUCGCCCCGCAGAAUCAAGCUGGGCGUCGGUGCCAUCACAAACCCACUGCGUCACCGGACCUACACCCCACAGCAGCAGAACGUCCCGUAUUUGUACAACAGCAAGUCACAGCAGAGCUUGAACGGUUUGUAUGCUGACCAGAGAGAUGGACCACGUGGACCUGCUGAUCAGUGCUUGCCAUACAAUGUCCAGAACGGACCGAUGCAGCAUCAGAAUGGGUCAGCACAUCCAAACAAUGGGUUAACACAUCCAAGCAGUGGGUCAAGGCAUCCACACAAUAGGUCAUCACAUCCUUGGAGUGAGUCAUCACAUCCAGAGAUUGGGUCAACACAUCCCAAUGAUAGGUCAUCGUAUCCACACAGUGGACCAUCACAUCCACAGAAUACGUCAACACAUCCCAAUGAUAGGUCAUCAUAUCCACACAGUGGACCAUCACAUCCUUGGAAUGGGGCAUCACAUUCACGGAAUGGGUCACUGCAUGCAAGGAAUGGGUCAACACAUCGAAAAAAUGGGUCGUCACAACCACCAUCGCAUUUAAGUGGACUUGACAAGAACAGGGACCAAAAUACACAGGCUCACAAUCAAAAGCCUUCAUACAAAAGACUAGGUGUGCCAGUGCUGCCAACAUCUGGGGAGGGAUUUCCAGCAUACAAACAACCAUUGCAAAAAUCUCCUGCCCGGAACCCCCAUCGUACUGACAAUCUGUUCGAAGGUGAUGACACGACAACUUCAGGAAGUUACAGUAUUUUAUCAGAUGACACCAAGUUUGUCGAGUUAUCUGAUAUGGCAUUUGCAGCAGUAACAGAUGUGUAUGUGUGAUGUGUUUUAUAGAAAUUUAUUAUACAUUAUAUAUAUUAUACACUUUCAUAGGGCGUAUAAUUGUUUUACCCAAAUGUAUUACGUCAAUUAACAGUUAUUCUUAGGUAAUUGCAUCUACAUUGUAUUACAAAGUCAAUUGAAAUGAAUACAUUUUUUGAAAUAUUUAUUAUUAUUA